AUGCGCCCGCAACAACUCACCAAACGCGCUUGUGACGAGUGCAUCUCCAGAAAGGUCAAAUGCAGCGGUGCCUGGCCUUGCGAUAGGUGUCAGAAGACAACCAGAAAGGGGAAAUGCACAUAUCUCAAGCCGGCGCGGAGGAGGGGACCGAAGGUUCGUCGGUAUCCUCUGGUUAGUGAGGAUACACUGGAGGGUCAAGAUCAGACAGUCCCUGCGAGAGCUAGUCCGACAACAAUUGAGGACGUCCAGGAAGGCGUUGGCACGGAAAGGGAAUACGAUGCGACAUCCAAAACAUGGAGCCAAACUAUAAUUCCCCGGUCAAUUCUGGCGUCUGCCGUCCGUCUGUACCAGGAGUACUCUUACAGUGUCUGGCCGGUGAUCAAAGCAGAGGCUCUCCUGCAGAAACUCGAGAAUGGCCACUACGAGGACAACACAUACUGUCUUGCAACGGCACUUUCUGCGGCGACCAUGGCACAGUUGCAUCUGGCUCCAUUGACAGAGGAACAAUGGACGGUGGACAGCUCCGUGAUGGCUGCAGAGUGUAUUCGAAUUCGGGAGCAGAGCAACUACCGAGAAAGCCUCGACGCGAGGUGCAUCCUUGCAUCCUUUUUUCUGCACGUAUACCAUGCAAAGAUCAACCAGCGGAACUCAGCGAUGAUUUUUAUACAAGAGGCUAUCUCUGGCGCGAGGCUUUUGAGGCUGGAUGUUGAUGACCCGAUGGAACAGGCAUGGGCGUCGGAUGUUUUUGAGAAUCGCGAGAUUCUGUUUCCUCUACUCUGGGUUUCUGAGAGGGGCUAUUCCAUGCAUCUUGGCCUUGCACCGUCCUAUACGAUCCCUGUUCGACUGCCGGAAGUAGGGGUGAUGCUUGAAAAUGUCCAUGUACAAGGGCUGCUGGAGUUGGUUCGUCUUUUCGUUGCAUUUGACAGAAUUUCAGUUCGACACGGAACCUGUUUGGAUGCAGGUGUUUCACCAGUAGACCUGGCCGAGACCGAGGCGACACUCUCAGCACUCUAUCUGGGUCAGGGGAAUAGUGCAUCUACUCGAAUGGCAGAUUAUUACAUUACGAGGGAAUGGAUGCGGACAAUUGUCUGGCAAAAGGCUUUGUCUUUGCGUCUGCUAUCAUCGACGGCCUACACUGAGCUAAUGACCUUUGACUUCCCAGCUCUUGUCAGUCGUGAUCUUCUGCAAUCACUACGAGGAUUUUCAGAGUCGGAUCUGCUACCUUUGGGCCGGGACCAGUUGCUCAAGUGCUUCGAAGUCGCAAACUCCCUGGCAGAUACUGUUUUAUUUACCUCUGCGGCACUACGUCCCAACUUCCAGCUGGGGCCUUCGGACUUUUUGCAUGCUUUAUAUCAGAAAAUACUGCCUUUCCUGGAGCAAGACCCUAUGUUGAAAUCGAUUCUCCGCGCAAAGACUGCAGAAGCUCUAGUAAAGGCCCCGGCGCGGCUACUGGGUAUUGGAUUUAGUGAAGAGGACGGAGAAAAUGAAGUAAUAACUGAACAGAAUAGCUUGGUUUGUUUUAUCGAAGAGGAGCUGCUGCAGGAUAUCCCAUAUCCAACAGAAUCAUAUCAAGACAAUCUAGACUCGCCAACAUCGACUGGCUAG